AUGGGCCUGUACCGCGGCGCGGCCCCCACGAUCCUGAAGCAGGGCACCAACCAGGCGGUGCGGAUGCCCGCCCAGGUGGCGAUCAUGGGGCUCAUCACCUUCGGGGACACCACGAAGAACGCCAACCCGCUCCUCAACGGCAGCGCCGGGUUCCUGGCGGGGUGCGUCUCGGUGUUGGCCACGCAGCCCGCGGACUGCGUGAAGUCCAAGAUGCAGGGCGAGGCCGCCAAGGAACUGUACUCCGGCACCGUUGACUGCGCGAUGAAGAUGCUGAAGGCCGAGGGCCCUUCUGCGUUUUUCGCGGGGUCCAUUCCUCGGAUGGUGCAGGUCGGGAUGACGAGCGGCAUCAGCUUUGCCCUGUUCCCAGUGAUCAGCAAGUUGCUCAACAAGGUCAUGUAG